AUGGAGAAGUUGAAGUGGGAUUGUGAGAGAUUUAAGGGAAAACUGGAUACUGUAAAUUUAAGUUUUGAGAAAGAUCUUACAUGUGGAUUUUCAUGGCCUCAAAGGAACUACAAAUGCAGCUUUUGCAAGAAAGAGUUCAAAUCUGCACAGGCUCUUGGGGGUCAUAUGAAUGUUCAUAGAAGAGAUAGGGCUAGGAUGAGAUCUCCUUCAUGGGAUUCUCCAAACUCAAACCCCAACGCCAAUUCUAACCCCAACCCUAGUUUUUCUUCAACAUCAUCUGCAACUAGGUUUUUACCUUAUAAUGUGAAAUGUAAUUCCUCUCUUACUGAUUUUUAUUCAACACCAGCUCCAGCCACUGAUCAGCAUUGGCAGCGAGAUAGCGUUGCAAGUCUUCUAGAAGUGGAUACGGGCAAGAAUCAGAAGAAAGGAGCCUUGCUUCGUGUCGACGAUCUUGUGGGAUUUGCAAGAAGCAAUGAUCCUAGGAUUUGUAAUGCAAAAGAGAUAGUUAAGCUGGAUUUGAACAGGGUUUUAGUACAACAUGCAAAGGAGGAUUUGGACUUGGAGCUGAGGCUUGGUUACUCUAAUUAG